AUGUCAGAGCAGAAUAUGGUCGUUAUUGUCACUGGUGCAAAUCGAGGCAUUGGUCUUGCCAUUUGCGAGCUCAUUCUCAAGACCAACCAGAAUGUCAAGCUGUAUGCAGCAUCGCGAGCCGGAGCUGACCUUGGUCUCAAGAGCGCUGGUUCAGGAUCCGUCAAAUAUCCCAAGCUGGACGUAACCAAAGACCAGGAUAUAAAGCAGCUAGCUGAAGACAUCAAACGUGAAGACGGCACAAUUACCGUUCUUGUAAACAAUGCAGGAGUCAACACUUACCCGGAACACACUCCUGAGAGCGUGCAACAAAUGCUGGAUGUAAACUACCGUGGAACAUACAAGAUGUGCAAGGCCUUCAUUCCUUUGCUUUCGCAGUCGGGUCGCAUCGUCAACAUGUCGUCCGUGGCUUCACAAUUGAAGAUCUACAGCCAGCACAACGCAGCUCGCUUCAGAAACACGGAUUCAUACGAAGAUGUUGAGAAGAUUGCCGGAGAUUACAUGAAAGCUGUAAAGGAGAAGAAUGAGUUGGCAUCAGGUUUCGGCGACAAGGGUCAAGGCUAUAGUGUUAGCAAGGCAUGCGUCAAUGCAAUCACCGCCAUACUUGCGCGAGAGAACCCUGGUCUCACUAUCAACGCAUGCUGUCCAGGUUGGGUAGCCACUGACAUGGGAGGCAUCAUGGGCAAACCACCAAAAGAGCCUAUUGACGGCGCUAAGAUUCCUGUCAAGCUGGGUUUUGGUGAUAUCUCUGGAACAACCGGUCGCUAUUGGGCCAACCCUGGGAUCUCGGAUAAGGGAGAUGGUCAAGUCAUGGCGUGGUGA